GUACUUGCCACACGCCUCUUAUUUACUUCUAAUUCUUCUCUUUUUAUCUUAUUCAGUUUCUUUCUCUCUUUCCAAGGGGACUUGAGAAUGAUGAAGAUUAAAAUUUUCAGAGCAUUCCAUUUUCUGCUCACCAUAAUAAGUUGCAGUGUGUCGGCCGCGGCACAAUCACCAGCAGCUCCACCGCCGGUGACAGCAGCAACACUUCAGCAAGUAGCAGCUUCUCUGCAAAUGUAUGUGGAAAAACUCCCUGAGAUGCCUAAGCUCUAUGGCUACACCACAAACCCCACUGGUUCACCCAUUCCUGCCAACCUCACCAUUGGCAUGUACGAAACUCAAUGGAAAUUCCACCGCAAUUUACCUGCAACAACAGUGUUCGCCUACGGAACAUCCGCCUUAACCGCCACCGUGCCGGGACCAACAAUCGAGGCACUCCACGGCGUAACCACCUACGUCACAUGGCAAAACCACCUCCCUCAAUCCCACAUCCUCCCUUUCGACACCACCAUCGCCACCGCCAUCCCAUCCCACGGCGGCGUCCCCACCGUCGUCCACCUCCACGGCGGCAUCCACCCACCCCAAAGCGACGGCAACCCGUUCGCCUGGUUCACCGCCGGUUUUCGCGACACGGGCUCAGCAUGGACCGAAUCAACAUACUUAUACCCUAAUGUCCAACAUGCAGGGAAUCUAUGGUACCAUGAUCACGCUCUCGGCCUCACACGUGUCAAUCUCCUAGCGGGCCUGAUUGGUUCUUAUGUGAUCAGAGACCCCACGGAAGAUUCAACGUUGGAUCUUCCGAGGGGAGAAUUCGAUCAAUUCGAUCGCCAUUUGAUGGUGUUUGAUCGAAGUUUUUACACAGAUGGAUCGCUGUACAUGAAUUACACAGGAGAUAAUCCAACAAUUCAUCCACAAUGGCAACCCGAGUAUUUCGGAGAUGCCAUUAUUGUUAACGGAAAGGCGUGGCCGUACCUUAGGGUACAGCGAAGAAAGUAUCGAUUUCGAAUCAUUAAUGCUUCGAAUGCAAGGUACUUUCGGUUUUCGCUAACGAAUGGUCUCUCAUUCGUUCAAGUAGGAUCAGAUGCUUCGUUUUUACGGUGCCCGGUCACCACGCGGAGCAUUUUGCUAGCGCCCUCGGAGAUUGCUGAUGUUGUUAUUGAUUUUUCGACCACGAGGGCUAAUCAAUCUGAGCUCACUAAUGAUGCUCCGUUUCCCUACCCUACUGGUAGCGCUGUCGAUCAGUUGAAUAGUAAAGUGAUGAAGUUUAUCAUCAUUCCAAGUGCUUCAAUUUUACCCGAUAAAUCGACAGUUCCAUCAAUUCUAAAGAACUAUCCAACCCCCACUACUGCCGGAGCAAGCACGACACGGUACAUCAUGCUCUACGAAUACGAGAGCGCAACUGGGAACCCGACACAUCUCUACAUUAACGGAAAGAGUUUCUUUGCCCCGGUAACAGAGACGCCGAAAUCGGGAACUACAGAGGUGUGGGAAGUGAUCAAUCUGACUCAAGACAACUGUUGGUCGCUCUUCACUGUAUUUAAAAAGUGUAUGAAGACGAUGAAUGAUGCCAUUGCUUGCAAUGUGACUGGACAUGUGACUGGAAAUUUGCUGAGUGUACCGGAUUACGAGAAGACGUGGAAGAAUGUGGUGAAGAUUGAACCGGGAAAUCAAACUACGGUGGUGGUUAAGUUUAACCUCAUUGACAAUGAUGCACCUUAUCCCUUUGAUGCUACUGCACAACCCGGUUAUGUCUACCAUUGCCAUAUUUUAGAUCAUGAAGAUAACGAGAUGAUUCGCCCAUUGAAGCUUGUUGCUUGACAGAUCGUCACAUACACGAAUGAAGUCUUUUUUCUUUUUUUUUUCCCUCUAUAUUUAUGUGAUUUUUGUACUUUUGUUCUUUUAUUUUGGGUCAAGUUAAUAAGGCAUAAUGAGUGUGAGCCAAAAGAGUUGUAAUCAACUAAGCUGUACUGAAAGGAGACAUUGAGUGAGUUGGAUAUAUUCUAAAUUUCUGUUAUCGUUUUGUAAUUAUUCAAAUAAAUUUGUCUAUGCUUUUAGGA